CAAUCCUUGCAUUUGAACUUCACAAAUGUUUCUCCCUCUAACGAAGAAAAAUAAAAUAAUGGAAUUGGAAGCAGGGACUGUUUGGUUGGUUAGAGCCUCUUGGAUCGCAGCCAUACUUCCUGUGGUGAUCGCUUCUAUACCCAAUUCAAAGCUGACAUAUUUUCAUGAACUCGUUUUGGGUUUAGCCAGGAGAGGCAAGAUUCUCCAGCCCACGUCUUCUCAGAAGUGGACACUUCCACAGAGAUACUUUGCUCACUUCUAUGUUCUCGGAGUGGCCUGGACGACUCUUCUGCUCGCUACCAUUUGGAUGUACGCUUUCAAAACGACCUCUUUAACGUCUGACGAGUCCCGUUUGUCCGAUGUUGUAACCGGAGGUUCCCAUGUGGAGCAUCGGUUGGAAGUGUGGCGAGCAGUGUUUCUACUUGUCCUGAUGGAAAUCCAAGUUCUAAGACGCCUUAUAGAGUCAUUCUAUGUCUUCAAGUAUAGCCCUUCUGCUCGGAUGAACAUCCUUGGCUAUCUCGCUGGAUGGUUUUUCUAUACAGCAGCGCCUUUAUCACUCUGCGUCAAUAUAGCACCAGAAGUAGCUGUGUUCAUUGCUAAAGGAAAAAGCCAAUAUACCUCAGACACUGAGUUUGAUUUAUUAUCUUCUUUAAUCCCUUUGAUGAAGCUAGGAUGGUGCCAGUUGAUUGGUGCAGCCAUUUUUCUGUGGGGAUGGUUACAUCAGCGCCGCUGUCACGCAAUUCUUGGCUCUCUUCGAGAAACUCCUAGCCAAGUGAAAGAGUACAUAAUACCACAUGGAGAUUGGUUUGAGAUCGUCUCUAGUCCACAUUACUUGGCAGAAAUCGUUUUAUAUGCGGGUUUACUGAUUGCGAGUGGAGGAACAGAUGUGACUAUCUGGCUACUCUUUGGUUUCGUGGUUGAGAAUCUAACAUUGGCGGCUGGAGAAACUCACCGGUGGUAUCUCCGGAAGUUUGAGAAUUAUCCGGCUAACCGGAAUGCCAUUUUCCUUUAUGUUUAUUAAAUGGUUUAAGAGAUAGAACACAACUUUUAAUUAAGCUUGUACGGCAACAUGAAGUAGACAAAGACGGUCAUCACAAAAACGCAACAAGCAAACAAAAGAAAAAUACCAAACUUCAGUGCACAUAGGAGGUAAAGAAAAGCUUGAGCCACUAUGAAGGUGAAGAGGAGAUUGACAGCAACGGUGAUACUCUGCCCUGCGGAACGGAUGGCCAAGGGAAACACUUCACUCGGUACGGUGUAGCCAAGAGGACCCCAUGACCAUCCAUAUCCGAGAACAAAGAGUGAAAAGAAGAUGACCAACAUGAUGGAGUAUCCUUUUGAUAGCUCUUGGUUGUCUCCAAGUUUCAAUCCUAAUAUCACCGAGACUACGAUCUGUUUUCCAAAACAUGAGUUGCAUUAUGAUUGUAGGGUUAAGUUUUAAAGAUAAAAAAAGGUUGAUGAUGAUCUUCUUACCUGGCAGGUGAUCAUUUGUAACCCGCCGCUUAAGAGCAGAGGACGUCGUCCUAACUUGUCCACUAACCCGAUAGAAACAAACGUUGAAAGAACAAGGACAAACCCUAAGAGAACUCCCGAGUAGAGCAAAGAGUUCUCCCCAAACCCCAUUGUGAGGAACAUAACAGGUGCGUAAAAGAGAAUGCAGUUUACGCCGGUGAGGAUCUGAAACAUAGGCAUGAGAACCGCCAUGACAAGCUGAGGUCGAUGGCGUUUCUCCAGAAUGUCUCUGAAAGGAUGCUUGAUGGAGUUCGCCAAGAGGCUGGCGUCUACCAUAUCUUGAAACUCGGCGUCGACGUUUCUUGUUCCUCUUAGCUUCUCAAGGACGUGACGGCCUCUCUCUGUGAACCCUCUUUGGAUCAGGCUGUUGGGAGUCUCGGGAAGGAAAUAACCGCCGAGAGACAUGAGCAGAGCUGGGAAAGCAGCUGAACCAAGAGCCAGCCUCCACCCCCAAGGACUAAGCUUCUGCGUCACGUAACUGAUCAUGUUGGCUGAAAAGAUCCCUAGAGUUGUUGCCAACUGAAAUAAAAUGCUGAGAGCACCUCUCAUAUGGGCUGGUGACACCUCUGAUAAGUAAACAGGAACUGCCUGGGAUUCAAAUCCAACGCCAAAGCCGAGCAAGAUCCGACCGAGAAGAAGCAUGGGGAGGUUUAUUGAUCCAGCAUUCAAAGCAGCUCCAACUAGGAAGAAGAUCCCAGCGCAUAUGAUGCUUACGCGACGUCCAUAUUUUCUAGUGAUUGGUGAGGCCACAAGAGUGGCAACUAAACCAGCGAUGUAGAGUGAUGAGUUGAAUGCAGCAAGUCCUUGAUCGUUGAACUUGCAAUAGUUGUUUUCAUGAGCGUUUCUCCUUUUGGCAUACACGUUGGGGAAAAACUCUCUGAGGAAGUCAUCCGUCGAUGUGACACCACCUGUAAAAUCAAA